AUGGAAGACGCUCAAUUUGCAUCCAUUCUCCAUGCGGCGGCGAGGCUCUCUCCGCGGGAGCUUGUCUUCAUUACCGACUUUGACAGAUGCUUUCGUGCUGACCUGCCAUGCUUCCCUAAUGCCACAUCGAUUACGAUGACGUUGCGGUCUGUCUGUUUCACACAACAAAUGUUGAAUGACCCUUUCUUGGCACUUGAGAGGUUGUCUCUCAUGGGUUGCACCGUCCUUGAUGUUGCCACCAUGGUCUACCGAUGCCCAUGCCUGCGUGUGCUUAAGAUGAGCGCAGAUACGUCUACACAUGAUGUUACGGUGCACUCUGCGUCGCUGCAAGAGUUGGAGCUUGUUGUCCACGAAACGCAAUGUGAGGGCAUCAACAUCACCACUCCGCUACUUGAGCAACUGAAGCUUGAUGUUUGUGCAAGCUCGGACCUCAGCGUGUCUGUCUCGGCGCCAAUGUUGCAGAAGGUCUCAUGGAGGUUUGCAUAUUCAACCGUGGUUCAUGUGUUUGGGUUGUGGUUUCUUCAAAAAAUGGAGGUGGACACGAUAGAGGACGAUUACAAAUACAAAGAUGGGGAGCUCAUCAAUGAAGGCGACGAUGCAUGUUCACAUCCCCCUCAUGUUCAUGCCCUAUCUUUGCACAUAUUUGCUAAUAAGAAUAUGGGUAUGGAACUAAACCUGGCGCGGGAGAUAGAGAAAAUUCCGGUUACCAACUUUACAGUCUUGGAGCUACAUCUCCAUGCAAAGAGGCAUGCUAUAGCAGCAUUUGUGUUCCAUCUUCUUAGCAUGAAUCAAAUUCAAACUACUACACGCAGGCUUAAGCUUGUCCUAUCGAGGUGGUCUGAGAUGUCAAAGUGUCUUAAAAAGUGUCCUUGCAAUGAGCCCAAUAACUGGAGGAACCAAAUUAUCUCCUUGAAUCAUCUUGAAGAAGUAGAAAUUAAAAACUUUAGAGGAGGGGAUCGUGAGAUUGAUUUAGUGACACAGAUGUUCAUUUGGGCACCAAAUAUGAAAAGAAUGACCAUCAAGCUGACAUCGGAGGUUAAACCAACUGACAUUGGAGGUUGCGCCAUGAGUGUCUACAAUAUAUGUUUGGCCCAUCCUUCUGUGAACUCCUUUGUUUAUCUUAGCUCUGGUGAAUGGGUACCAUGCUCCUCGAUGGAAGGUGAUUGUGAUAGAGUGGUUAUCGAGCUUGAUUAG